GUGACAGUACACACCCAUCAGAGAGACACAGGGCUCCUGAUCAACAGGAGGAGAGAGCACACAGAGAGACCAGAAGACACAGACAGAGACAGUGACAAGAAGAGAAAGAGGAAAGAGACCCCGGUACUGUGAUUGAGUCAUCAAGGCAGUGGAAGCAGGAUGUGGGUCCUCAUCUCGGCAGCUCUACUUCUCUCUCUGACAGAGAGAGCCACAUGCGAUACAUCACCCUGGACCAUCACCUUCAGUCCAGCAGAAAUAACAGCAGAGAAGGGACUAUGUGCUGUUAUUUCAUGUACUUUCACUCACCCUGAUAACAUCAAGCCUACCGCUGCAAUGUGGUUCAAGUGCCCUACAAAGGGCAAAUGUGAUAAGGAUAAAAACACAAUGUUCCACUCCAAUACUCCCUCUAAAGCUCAGGAGGGUAUUAAACAGAGAGUGUCUCUACUGGAGACUGAUCUGACAAAGAAGAACUGUAGUGUGAUCAUCAACGACAUCAGAGAGACUGAUGCUGGAGAGUAUCAAUUCAGACUUCCAAGUUCAUAUACAUACUCGAAGAAAGUGAGCAUCACAGUGAGCGCUCUGACCCAGAAGCCCUCAGUGUUGACUCCUCCUCUGACAGAGGGAGAACCAGCUACUCUGACCUGCAUCGCCCCGGGGAUGUGCUCUGGAACUCCUCCUAACAUCACAUGGACAUGGAGAGGAACAGGAGACAACAUCACUGAGCUCAGAGACAACACCACCAUACAGGAGAGAGAGGACCUGACCACUGUGACGACAACCCACUUCUCAACGUUGACCUUUACCCCCUCAGCUGAACACCACAACAUGAUGGUUACGUGUCAAGUAACCUUCCAGAAAAAAUAUCAAAUUGAAGAGACAGUAACUUUGAAUGUGACAUAUGUGAAAGACCCCCAAAUAACUGGAAAUGAAAUGGUGAAGGAGAAUGGUACCCUGGAUCUGAUCUGCAGUGUUGACAGUUACCCUCCAUCUGAUAUCACUUGGAGUAAGAAUGGGACAAGUGCCCCACUUCAGAAUUACACUGAAAAUGCCACUCUCACCAUCUCCGAUGUGACAAGAGAACAUGCUGGGGAGUAUGUGUGUACAGUUCAACACUUCAACAGGACUAUGACAGCUUCCACUGUUGUCACUGUGAUGUACCUUCCUGUGAUUCUUCCUGGCUCUGGGUGUGUGGACCAGGCAGAGGUCAUGACCUGUGUGUGUGUCAGUCAGGGGGUUCCCUCACCCCACAUAGUGUGGAAACUGCUGGAGCUCAACACAGAGAGGUGCAGCCCCACUACAUCAGUUUUGGGUUCCUCAGUGAACAGCACCAUCAGCCUGCCUGUUGGAAACCACAACAACACCACUGUGGAGUGUGUCAGCAGCAAUGCGGUGGGUGUAGUGAGAGAGAAGCUGCAGGUCACACAAAAUAAGAGCCAAGAAAAGCAAAGAGAGAAGGAAUUGGAAGGCAUUAUAGCUUUGCUGUCGGACCUAAAACUGAUUACUGCAUUUGUGGUUGGUGCAGCCCUCUCAGCCACCAUCUGUUGUAUCUUCCUGUGUUUGAAAGGGAAAUGUAAAAGACAAAAAGAGAGGAUCCCAAUGUACUCAGACUGCAAAAGCCCUUUCAUGAACCUGGAGAUGGUGACAUGUGAAGACCAACAGACGGAUGCAGGACAGGCUGUGGGGGGCGAACAGACCCCUCUGCAGUUGGAGCUGAGCGAGGGAGCUGAAAAUAGAGGGCCCCAGACCAGUGGAGCCGCGGGAAAAUUUGCUACAGGGGGAGAACUAAAUGAAGUGGACUACGCCAGAAUCAACUACUCCCUGCUGAAGAAGAAGACUCCUGAGGAGGCAGAGAAGAAGACCACUACCACAGAGUCAGACUAUGCCAAAAUCAAAAGAGAGAAGAAGAAAGAAGGGGAUGAAGAUGGAGGAGAGGGGAGUGGUGUGAAUAUGGGGAAGGAUGAGGAGAAAGAGACCGGUAAGCCAGCAGCAGAGUCCGAUGAGGAUACAGCGCUUUACUCCAACGUCAAGGCUAUUAUGGGUGGUGGUGAGUGACAAAGCAAUUUUCGCUAGAAACAUGGGGGAAAGCAUACAGUAUUAGCCAUGGGUUCUUAUAUCAUUUUCUGAAUCCGGAUUGAGUUUUAUGAUGAUACUGAGACUUUUGUUUAACUGAAGCUAGUGUAGUUAGUAGUUUUGGUAAAUUCUUUGUUUUACAGCGCUGUGUCAGCUGGUACUGUAUGUUCCUGGUGGUUGUAUUCAAUAAGAAUAUUUUCUAGUUGUACAUAGAAGCAAGUUUUGGUAAUGUUUUUCAAGUGUCAUUUGACUUCUGUAAUAAUUCUGUUUUGUCACCACGAGGAAGGACUGACAAAGAUGUGGUUUGGAAAAGGUAAAGACAAGUUGACUUAGAUUGUUGACAACAUGUAAAGUAUAUUUCUUCUCCAAUGUUUAUUGAAAAUAAACAUAUUACAUAUUAA